CCCAGGUGGCCAGGUCUCAAGUUUGAAGUUUUCUUUUGUGAAGGAAAGCUAAAGCAACUGCGACGGUUCCAGAGUUCUUCCUCAGCCAUGGAAAUAUCUAUCUUGUAUAUAAAAUGUUAUUUUCUUUUUAUUAAUUAAUAUUAUUUUAAUUAUAUUCUUCUUCCCUUUGAAUUCGAUGCACUCUUGGAAUCGAAUCGAGAAGUAGGGAAGGAGGUAGACCUUAGAAAUCAACGCCAUCUCUUGGGUGAUUAAUCUUACAUAUUCAACUAAAUCAGCACAGACGCGUCUAUGAAGAGACUCUGUUUGUUCAAUCCCAUCGUUCUUGUUGUAGUUGACGUUUAGCCUAGUUGACCUCACAAAAGAGGAGGAAAUAACAACGGAGGUUUUUCCAAGUUGAAGCUAGGGUGUUCUAUGAGCAAGGGCCUCAAGAAGGUUCAACCUUGACCAGAGAAUGGUUUCAGCUAGUGAUGCAAGAGGCACAGAGGAAGGCAAAGAAGAUUUAGUGUCAGGGACUGCAUCAAAUGAAAUCAAGUGUCAUGUUGUCGUUGGCGUAUCUUCAUCUCGAAGGGGGCUGUUAGGCCAUGAAGACUCUCAAAAUGGUGCUUUGGGUUUGGUAGCAGCUCAUCCUAGUAGAGCUGGAUUCCUGAAGUUUGCUUCAGCCACUCUAUCAUCUCCAUCAGCCAAGUUCUUGCAAGUUGCUGAGGGAAGAGAUGAAAUUUCACGUUCAGUUCCUUCAACUUCCCACGGCUUCAGGGAUCGUGUUAAUUUGAUCUUGGUACGGAAAAUUGAUUGGGUUUCCCUGGGGGAAAUCUGCAAAAAAUGGAUUAGAGACCCAAUGAACGUGGCCCUACUUCUUUGGAUUAUAUGUGUUGCUGUUUCAGGUGCAAUCCUGUUCCUUGUUAUGACAGGAAUGUUGAACCAUGCCCUACCAAAGAAAUCCGAAAGAGAUACCUGGUUCGAAAUCAAUAAUCAAAUCAUCAAUGCCCUCUUUACUCUGAUGUGUCUUUAUCAACACCCAAAGCGAUUCUACCACCUCGUGCUGUUAUGUAAAUGGAGGCCAGAUGACAUAACUAAACUUCGAAAGAUUUACUGCAAGAAUGGCACUUAUAAACCCCAUGAAUGGGCCCACAUGAUGGUUGUUGUUGUUCUGCUCCAUGUGAACUGUUUUGCUCAGUAUGCCUUGUGUGGCCUAAACUUGGGAUACAAGAGGUCAGAACGACCAGCUAUAGGAGUUGCUCUCUGCCUCUGUGUUUCAAUCGCAGCACCGGCAUUUGCUGGUGUAUACUGCAUUUUAAGCCCUCUCGGGAAGGAGUAUGAGUCUGAAACGGAUGAGGAAGCACAGGAUCCUAUGGUCAUCGUCGACACUGACAGGCCAAGUCACCCAAGGGCGAAGUCUUUUCAAAAGAGAUUCUCAUUUGCAUCAAGACAGGAGCAGAGUAUUGUGGUGAACAGACCUGAGUGGAUAGGAGGGUUACUUGAUUAUUGGGAUGAUAUUUCUCUUGCUUAUCUCACAUUCUUCUGUAGUUUCUGUGUUUUUGGUUGGAAUAUGGAAAGACUAGGAUUUGGGAACAUGUAUGUUCACAUUGCAACUUUUCUUUUGUUUUGUACUGCUCCCUUUUGGAUUUUCAAUCUUGCCGCUGUUAAUAUUAACAAUGAGGCUGUUAGGGAAGCAUUGGGCCUCACAGGGAUUUUGCUUUGUGUAUUUGGUUUGUUAUAUGGGGGCUUCUGGAGGAUUCAGAUGAGGAAGAAAUUCAAUUUACCAGCUAAUGACUUCUGCUGUGGUCACCCCACAGUGGCUGAUUGUGCACGGUGGCUUUUCUGUUGUUCAUGCUCUCUUGCUCAGGAAGUGCGGACCGUGGAUUUCUAUAAUAUUGUGGAAGAUAAAUUUUGCAGAAAACAAAUGGAUGAGAGUACUCUGGGGGUGCUGUCUCCUUUGUCCCAUGAAGAUAGAUCGGUCCAGUUGCAAUCAAGCCCAAGUCCUCAACUUUGGAAUGGCUCCAGUGCUUCUGAGCUGAGGAAUCUAGACUCUCCAAGCCCGGGCAGAGUUUUCAAGGGAAAUUGUCAUUCAGAAAGGCAGCUGCCUAUGGUGGAGGAAGAGUCUGCUCCAAGAGGCAAGGACAACACUAUGACACCACCAUACCCAUCAGUGAUACAAAGACAAGAUAUACAUCCAUGACCCUUUUGAAAGGGCACUGUAAACUCCAAAAUGCAUGGUGGUGUGUGGAGGCCUAUUUAAUAGUGAGUAAAUUAAGUAAAUACUUUUUCCCGUACAUGUUCUCUCCCUUCUUAGCAUUGUGUAAGUAUCUAUGUGACACCAUUAUUUUUGUCAAAUAUUGAAUUUGGUUUUGGUAUAAGAUUCUCUAGAGUUUUUCUUUGAACAA